AUGACUGCCGAAAAGACCUUUUCACCCGACGCUGGUGUUAUGAGCGCUAUGCUCAUCACCUUUACUGUCGCUACCAUUCUUCUCAUCUGCCGUCUGGUAUCUCGAAAGAUCACACAUGUAGCCUUAUGGUGGGAUGACUAUUUCUGUAUAGUGUCAUGGCUCGCCGCUGCUCUGUACUUUAGUUUUGCCAUCUACUGGGCUGUUGUCAUGGGCUUGGGGCAUGUAAAGGCAGAUGUCCCCGAACCACCCGAAAAGGUCGAAGAGUACGCUCGUUUUGGUCUUUUCAUGGCCGAGUUCCUCUACGCCAUGUCCCUCGGCUUUUCCAAACUUGCCAUUCUUGGUUUCUACUGGCGCCUAUUCGGUAGUGUUGCCAAAAUCAGAAUCGGAAUCUACAUUCUUCAAGCCAGCACAGUCAUCUGGCUUACUAUUCGAACCUUUAUGACCAUCUUUCAUUGCGUUCCCGUCGAAGCAUACUGGAACCAUAACAUCAAGGAUGCUGUAUGCGAAGUCGACCCAGCCAAAUUUAUGUUUGGUACAACUUUGGUUCAUUUGAUGCUUGAAGUUGCUGUGCUGUCGCUGCCUGUAUUCCAGGUUAAGACUUUGAAGUUGAGAACGGGUCAGAAGGUUGCUGUUGUUGCUAUGUUUAUGUUUGGUAUCUUUGUCUGUAUUGCUUCAAUCAUUGUCCUCUACGAAGCUUUCACUCUGGACCCCACCACAACCGAGAUGGCAAGGGAUAUUCGAGGAGUCAUCAUCUGGGCAGGUACUGAAUCUUACCUAGCCAUCAUCUCUUCCUGCCUACCCAUCAUCAGACCCAUCUUCCGCAAGAUGCUGUCCGGCACAACACUCACCUCCAAGUCCAACUCAUCCGGUCCCAACCCCAUCAGUGGCUUGACAAGCAGCAAGGGCAUCAAACUUUCAAACAUCAACCGCGCAAAAGAGGUUGACGACAACAGUUCGCAGCGGGAACUGGCCGACAUUGAAGAUGGAUCAUCCGGCGAUCCCGACUUUCACUCUUAUCCUCAAAACAAUACCACCAUCAUCGCUACGGAUGAUCGACCAGGCAGUAACCCUAGCAAUGCCAACCCAUAUGCCAUUCAGGUCAAGAAUGAGACUAGAGUUUAUUAUGAGUCCAACUGGAAGCAGGAGAGGGAUGGAAAUCGUGGUGAUGAGGCUGGUGAUGCAGCUUUGCGUACGGGUGCCCAUUUUACUGUUACGUCUGAUGGACCACGCUAUUGA